AUCGAAAAUCUUCCACUUAAUCCUGCAAGAAGCAGAAAUGAACUUUGGACCUUGGCCAGGUUACAGGAAGAAAGAUCAAAAGCCAGGACUCCGGGUACCACCUGCCUUACUGAGCCUGCCCACACUGGCUCCAUUCUUCUUCCUUUUACUAACAGGUGAUAGCUCUGCCCUCUUCCUUCCAGAGGUACGGCUGGUCAACGGACGCACCCGGUGCCAGGGACGGGUGGAGAUCUUCUACAACAAUACCUGGGGCACAGUGUGCGACGACGACUGGGACAUUGUGGAUGCCAACGUGGUGUGCCGCCAACUCGGUUGUAGCCAUGCCAUCGGCAUGCCACCCGCCCUUUCUUUUGGCAGAGGGCGAGGACCCAUUUUUCUAGACAAUGUGGACUGUAAAGGAAGAGAAGCAGCCCUCAGUGAGUGCAGCAGCCAUGGAUGGGGCAUCCACAACUGCUACCACUAUGAAGAUGUGGCCGUCAUGUGCAAUGAACUGCUACCCACACAAUCAGCAAAAGAUUCUGCCAGCAAAACAACCACAGUCCCAUUGAAAGAUAAGAAAAGUGAUGGGAGAAUCCGGCUGGUGAACGGGGCUAACGCCUGCCAAGGCCGAGUGGAGAUAUUCUACAAAGGAAACUGGGGCACUGUGUGUGAUGAUGAAUGGGAGCUGCACGAUGCCAACGUGGUGUGCAAGCAGAUGGACUGUGGUCAUGCGGUGGCCUACAGGACCAACGCCUACUUCGGCUAUGGCACUGGGCGCAUCCUCCUAGAUAAUGUGAAUUGCGAUGGAAAUGAGCCACAGCUCUCCGCCUGUUUCAGCCUCGGUUGGGGCAUCCACAACUGUGGUCACCAUGAAGAUGCUGGGGUCGUCUGCUCUGGGUUAGGGACAACAACCACCAUUAUGCCAAUCACUACAUUAGCAUUAGAGGAUUAUAAAGAUUCAUUCACCGAUACAGUCACAGUCACCGAGGAUAAAAUUCAGUCCACCUCUGAAACUGAGAUGGCGAUGACUUCAGCCCUUCUCCUAUUGGAAAAAACAGGUGGCGGCAUACGCCUGGCGAACGGGAACAGCAGCUGCCAAGGUCGCGUGGAAGUCCUUUAUGGGGACUUCUGGGGAACCGUUUGUGAUGAUGACUGGGAUUACCCCAACGCACAGGUUGUAUGCCGCCAACUGGGCUGUGGCGCAGCCAUUGGGGCUACCGUGCUGGGCUACUUCGGCUACGGCAGUGGGCCCAUCCUUCUGGACAACGUGGAUUGCAUUGGCACAGAGAGUGAGCUGACCGACUGCUUUAACCUGGGAUGGGGGCAACAUAAUUGUGGGCAUCACGAAGACGCUGGCGUCCUCUGCAGAGGUGCAGAAGAAUCAGGGGCUUCCUUGCAAGAAGAUACUUUUGCUACCACAACUUCAACCACCACUCGUCCCAAAGAUGGUUUUCUGCGACUGGUCAAUGGCAGCCAUCGCUGUGAAGGCCGGGUGGAGAUCUUUUACCUGUCUCAGUGGGGGACGGUGUGUGACGAUGCCUGGGAUCUCAAGGAUGUGAAAGUGGUAUGUCGGCAGCUUGGCUGUGGAGGUGCCUUAGCGGCCUUUGGAGAAGCCCAGUACGGCCAGGGCAAAGGAUACAUUUUUCUGGACAACCUCAAGUGCAAAGGAGAUGAAACGUCUCUCCUGCGUUGCUCUCAUAUCCGCUGGAAUGUGCACAACUGCGAUCACUCGGAAGACGCUGGUGCCCUCUGCCAUCUGCUGUGAUGGAGAUGAAAUUCGUAGACUUCCAGGUUUGCACCAACUGUAAGAAACCGAACUUCUGUGGUGCAUGUCCAAAAUCUUCCUGCGGGAUGUUGUCUUCUCAGUGAAUUUGUCCAUGUGAUCUCCUGCAAAUACAUCUCUCAGCACUUCUGGACUCCGCAGCACUUCAAAUUCGAUUCCAAAAUGUUGCUUCAGAGGAUACAGGAGUACAGAUAAUAACAUUUGCCUGCUGCAGCACUUUAAAGCACCCAUGUCCUUUCCUGGGAUCUCGUGGCUACCUUGUGCCUACCAUGUGACCUUGGAAAAAGAUAUAGCUGCUUUAAAAAGAUCGACAGAUGAGUGCUAUGUUCUUAUUCCUACAAGCAUCAUUUUCAAGUUAAAUCUGAAGCAUGACCAUCUUGGUGUACAGUUAGUUUAUGUACCAGAAAUUGUGCAUUUUUCACAGCAAGUCCCCAUACAAAACACUUUGGGCAGAUCCAGGACAGAUCUCCAGAAAUCUUUUAUCCCAGCAUAUGAUGUAUUUUUUAGCCUGCCAUUUUGAUAUUGGUUUUUUCCCCUUUUCUGUACAUAGGGUUUUUUCUUUUGGUGCGUGUACUGGUUUUUAUGGUGGCUCCUUAGCAGUACGGUUGGAACCGGCCCGGCAGCAUCCACAUGGAUGCGUGCAAUGUGUGUGCACAUGCACGCAGCGCAUGCAUGUGUCUUACCACCUCCGUGAGCCUCCAUGACACUCCAGCUGCUCAGCGUAGCGUCACGCA